UAAAAAGUUGGCAGCACUAGUCGCCGCAAAUAUUUUUUGCAAUGCAAGAAAACAUUUAAGAAGUUCGAAUUAAAUUGUGUUAAAUUGCCACUUGGGCAAGUCUGUGUUAAUAAAGCGACAAGCUCUGUUGGGCUUAUUGAGCUACUGUGUGAAAAGCAGCCGUGAAAACAGCACUUUGCUGGCUAAAGGCCAAUCAGCCAUUUCUGCCGGCAGACGCAGACGCUUUUUUGCAAAAGAGAAAGAAAAAAUUGAAUAGGUAGGAAAAGAACGUGAAAACGUGAGAAGCGCUUAGUGUGCACUUUGAUCAGUUUUGAAACCAUGUCGAACGUGGAAAUAUACGACUCGUCAAACUCGCAACUGAGCAGCGAUGAAUACAGUCACGACGAGGACGACGAUGCCCUAAUGGACGUGGCUGUAAGCAAACAGAAACAACAACAAACACCGUCCAAAUCGAACAAGUCUAACACAGCGUCCACUGACACAUCGCCAUCAAAAUCCACCAGCAAUGAAACAACUCCCAGAAAACUAUCCACCACCGAUUUGGACCCCGCCGCCGACGUCGUCGCCGUUGCCGCCGGCUCAACAAUUAAAGCGCCGGAUAGUCGAGAGCGUACACAGCGUCAAAUAAAGCAGAUGCAGCGCGACAUUAAGGCAAAUUUAUAUUUCAAACGUCGCAGCAUUAUAUGGCUUAAUCAACGCUUUAAUAGGAAACCCAAUUAUCUAAAUCAGUUGAGGGAUGUUAUACCCAAGCAUCGGGAGCACGCCAGACGCAUGGCCGAAUAUCGUGCCUCCAAGAGGGCAGCUGAAAUGGACGAUCGCCGAUUCUAUGAGCGCACUCCGAGACGUAGUCACAGUCCGCGACGUAGUCACACUCCGAGACGUAGUCGCACUCGCAGUCACAGUCGCAGUCGCAGCUAUAGUCGUAAUAACAGUCGCAGUCACAGUGGAUCGUUGGAAUUGAUUUGCCUGGACGACACGGAGAACGAAGAUUCGCCAGAGAAGCCAGCAGCAGCAUCGGCAACAACACCGCCACGUAAUGAUAAGCCAACCGAGCAACUGAUACAGCAGGUUGUGGUCACAAAGACACCACCGCCAUUUAGCAUGCUAUUAAAAUUGGAGGCAGACGCAUUGGCUGAAAAUGGAUCUGUGCUGGAUGAGUUCCUUACUCUCAAGCCGGCUGUCGCUGCUGAGCCAAUUAUCCAAGAGACUGCAGUCGCUAAUGACUUGAAGGAAGAGCCUGGACAGCAAUUGGAUUUGACUGUAUUAUCCAGUUAUAAUCAUAAGGUUGUGCAAGAAAUUGAGAUACCUUUGGAGGAGGCCACGCUCAAACGUCGCCGUUCAGUUACGCCGCCACCAAUUGACUCCACAAUUGAUAAGCGCACAAAGACAAUGCCAAUUCAAGAAUUGGAUGAUGACAUUAUAGAAUUCAUACCCAGUGAUAUGUCAAUGACUGCAAAGCAGUUCCCACCACCAACACCAACACCAGCACCACUACUACCGCCACAACAACCACCACCACCAACACCAACGAUGUCACCACAGAAAGCAACAAUUAUGGAAACAAACUUGGCUGCUUCUUUAAUCAAUGCUGAGGCAGCAAAUGCUCCCAUGCUAAAAUUGGGUUCACCCUUUUCACUGGCAGCUGCCACUGCUGUGGAAUAUUAUAAUCAAGAGAAGGAGGCAACUAAAGAGAUGCAGCCAGAAAACUUGGCCAACAUAUCCUAUAGCUUAGAGACGCCUACACCGACCGUGGAAGCAAUGGAGAUUGUUUAUCCCACUGAGAAGCUGCCAAAUAUACAUAUAGAAAGUGCAUCUGUAAUUGGAACAGUCAGCGCACCAGCUGUUGUCCAGCAACAAGCUGUCCUGGAGUCACACACAUUCGCAAUGCCACAGCAACAACCACCACAACAACAACAACAACAGCAAAUGCUGCUGACACCACAGCAACAACAGCAGCCACAGCAACAACAACAACAGCCACAGCAACAACAACUGCUGCAGACACCUCAACAACAACAACCACAAGCACGUCCAAAGCCGCGUUCCGAGUCCACCUCGAGACAAACACAGACUGUGCCGCCAGGACGCAACAAAUCCUCCGUUGAUCUGAACAACAGCAACAGCGAUGCAGUAUUUCAUCAGCGCGUCAAGGAAAUGUAUGUGGAGCUGGACGAGAUUAUGACUGAUAAAGUGCGUGCCGUUAAACCGGAGCUCAAAGCCUUUGCCGAAGAGAAGCAACACAUUGAUUCGGACAUUAAAACGCUGGAUAAAUUGAUUGGCCAAAAGGAGGAGGAAUAUAAUCGAUUGCUUCAUUUGCGCUGCAUCAAAGAGGAGUUGCGUGCUCGUAUCGAGCGCAAGGAAAGAAUUCUCAUCAUGAAGGAGAUACUACCUUCGAUUCUAAAUAAAAACUGCAACACCUCAGAGAUUUAUGAGAUGCACUCGCUGCUGAUGCAGGAACAGAAUGCGCCAAUGCCUUCGCGGUAUGGUAUCACAGCGAUGGAGCAGCUAAUCAAUCGAGUUGAGAACGGUUUGGAUGAUAUUAAAAUAUUGCGCAGCGCUCUGGGAAUGCAGGAGAAGGAGACGUUGGCAAUUCCUCGACCACCGCCUCAUUACGAGGGGCAGCCACACAGACGCAACUCGGUGCCGUCAAUGCGUCCUCCGCCGCCACCUGUGGCAGCAGAUCGUUCAGCGGCUUAUGGACGUCAGGGGGCUGUGCGUGAUGUGCGCGGUCUCAUCGAGGACUUUCGUCGAGAGCAUCCCGAGGAGCAGCCUCUGGUGGGCAAACGCAAUAAACUCCAGCCGCCAACGUCUUCUCGUUACCAGCAACUGAUCAAUGAGUCCAAGCAGCUGACCAACUCUUCAAUGAAUCUUGCUGCGGCUUCCUCGUACCGCAAUCAGUCGGAAAUGCAUCGCAGUCAACCAAAUCUGUUGAACAAUCAUUUUGAUAAUGAGUUGCCAAUCAAGCCAUUGUACAACAGCAGUCCAUUGGGUGCUGCCAAUCAGCGUAAUCAGUCCAGAGGAAAUUCCCAUUACAACAAUGACGUGCAUUCCAUGUAUUCCUCGGAUCAGGUGCAGGAAUUGGAGCCGACGGGACGUGCUGUUGGCCAGAUCCCUGGCAAUCGUAACCACAACAACAACAAUAGAAGCAAGCACAUUGGCGCCACAACAAACGGACCCGAUGAGCUGGAACGCCGCUGUCAGCAAUGUCAACGCUUUAAGGCGACUUAUAUGUGUGCCGGUUGCAAGAAUCAAUGGUACUGCAGUAAAGAGUGUCAGCUGCAUGCCUGGGAUACACAUUGGGAGACAUGCUGCGAUUAGAUUUAAAGCGCUGUAUCAGCAUUACUACUACAAAUAAAUCAAAUACAUAUGCA